GCCUUGUGGCUGCUGGCCUAGAUGUGAGCUGACUGUCCGCCCUUCCUCCAAGAGAAACUCGUACUGACGUGAAGAGCCAGAGCAGGCGGACCUCGGUGUUAAUUAGGCGCGUUGACACUACUGUUUUACUGAAACGACGUCCUCUCACAGCCCCGCCACACCAAAAUUAGAUAACAUUUGGUGACUACAGGGCGGACAGGAAAAACAUAGCAGCCGAGAGAGCGACGGACGAGAGGAAAAUAAGCGGUGUGUAACCUGGGUUUUGGCAUGGCUGAUCUGCUGAGGCUGCUGCUCCGGGUGGCUGAGAAAGCAGCUAACGUGGCUCGGGUCUGCAGGCAGGAGGCUCACCUCUUCCAGCUCCUCGUACAAGAGAAGACAGGAGAUGACAAGAACAAGAAGUUUGUCCAGGACUUCAAGACGCUUGCAGAUGUGGUGAUCCAGGAGAUGAUCCGUCAUGAUGUCGGUGCAAAGUUUCCUGAGAUGGCUGGCUUCAUUCAUGGAGAGGAGUCCAACAAGUUUGAAAAUGGGCUUGGAGAGAGCGUGACUGUCACAGUGUGCGGUACAGAGGAGGAGACUGCCGCGCUUCUAGCCACGGUGCUGGACGGUGAUCACACAGCAGCUUCUCUGCUGGCUCGAGCCAUCCACCAAGAUCCAGCGUCCACUGACACCAGCACAGACGGUCUGACGGUGCCCCUCAGCCCCUCUGAGCUCGGCAUCUGGAUCGACCCCAUAGAUGCCACCAGUCAAUACAUAGAGGGCAGAGAGGAGGUGCUGGAGGAGGGCCACCUGUCACCUUCAGGUCUGCACUGUGCUUUGGUCCUCAUUGGGGUUUAUCUCCGGAGCACAGGUGAGCCGGUCAUGGGUGUCAUCAACCAGCCAUUCAACUGCAAAGAUCCAGCGAGUGGACGCUGGAGCGGGAAGCACUUCUGGGGGGUGUCCUGUGGCAGCACCAAUGUCUGCUCAGUGUCCCGGCCGAAAGAUGGACCUGGAGGGGGGCUGUCUGUGGUGCUGAGCUCCAGUGAGAAGCAGGUGGUAAAGGAAGCCCUGAGCUCGCUGUGCGGCCCUGAUAAGCUGAUGUACGCUUCCGGAGCCGGCUAUAAGAUCCUGUGUGUCAUUCAGGGCCUGGCUGAUGUUUACGUCCUUUCAGAGGGAAGCACCUUUAAGUGGGACUCCUGUGCUCCUCACGCUCUGCUCCGAGCCCUCGGAGGGGGGGUGGUGGACCUGAAAAAGUGCCUAAAAUCCAGCUCUGCGAUACAGGAUCACCAUACAGAACUGACCUAUCACCAGCCUCACACAGAGUACAAAGGAGCAGACCGCUGGGCUAACCACGGCGGCCUGGUGGCUUAUCGAGACUGUUCUCAGCUCCGCAGCAUCAUCGGACCUCUGAAAGGCAAGCUGUAGUUAACAGAGCAGUGGAUGUUUAUCAGCAAAGGCUGAAGCAGUUAUUGUUGCAUAUAUGAUCUUAUUCAUGUUUUCUAUAUUAGUAGAGAGAGAGAAGAAUAGGUGUACAGGAUGACAUAUUUUAAAUAUAAAAAAUACUCUUAUUUUUA